CAAUAUAAAGUAGUAAUGAAUUUUUGUCCUUGCAGGUCGUUGUUCGGCGUCUUCCACCAAGCAUGACAGAAGAAAUGUUUAUCGAGUCCGUGUCGCCACUUGCAGAACAUGAUUAUUUUGCUUUUAUUAAUGCAGAUAGCAGUCUUGGGUCCAGUGCUUAUAGUAGAGCUUACAUCAACUUCAAGAAUGUAGAAGAUGUUUAUAUAUUUUAUGACAAGUUCGAUGGUUAUGUUUUUGUAGAUCAGAAGGGAAAUGAACAUCCGGCCAUGGUGGAGUAUGCACCUUUUCAAAAAAUUCCCAAAAGAUCUGGUGGGAAGAAAAAAGAUGCUAGAUGCGGUACCAUCGAUGAAGAUGCUGACUACCUUGCAUUUCUGGAGUCCUUGACAAAACCUGUAACUAUCACACUUCCUCCUCUCGAAGCUGUUCUUGAAGAAAUACAAGCACAUGACAGGGAACUGAAAGCAAACAAUGGGUUGAUUAAAGUGAAAACUCCUCUGCUUGAAUACAUUGAGCAAAGGAAGGCGGAAAAGCUUCGCAGUAAAGAAGAGAAGAAAGAAGAGAGGAGAAGAAAAGAACUUGAGCGCAAGAAGGCCAGAGAGGAAGAGAGGAAGAAGAAGAAGGAAAUAAGGGAACAUCAUAAGGAGAUGAAGAAAGAACAACAGAAAGAUGAUAACUCUGUAAAGGUUUUACGACCAGAACGAGGCAAAGAUGAUUAUGUCUCAGAGGGACGCCAGGAGAGGUCAAAAGCUGAUAGAGACAAAGAAAGGCAAAAACGAGAAGAGGAGAGGCUGAAAAUACGAAAAGAAAAAGAGAAACUUCGACGUGAAAGAGAGAAAGAGGAAAGGUUACGAAGAUUGGAGGACAAAGCAAAACAUAGAGAAGAGGAGAAAUUGAAACAUAAAGAUGACGUCUUAGAAGAAGCACAGGAAGAAAAAGUGCUUGCAAGUAAGCCUGAAGGGUCAAAAUCAAAGCGUUAUAGUGAGGGUAGAAGAAAAGAGAGAGAAAAGGAUAAAGUAAAAGAAGAGAAAGAGAGGGAAAGGAAACCCAAGGAAGAACAUGAUGAUGUUGAAAUUGAAACUUUAGAGGAAAAUAUGAAUUUGGAAAACACACCAGAAAAAGAGGAAAUUGAUUCUUCAAGGAAAGAGGAAAAAUCUGAGGAGAAGGUUCCGUCCAGGAAAAGAAGAGAAAAAGAUCCGAGAGUAGAAAGGAGAAUACGAAAUAAAGAUCGACCAGCAAUGGCUCUCUAUCGACCAGGUCAGUCACGUCUUAGCAGCCGCAUGCGUCAAGAUCGUGAGGAAGGAGCAGAAACCUCUUCAUCUAGUCCAAGCCCUGUGAUGCCCGCUGGGGACCAAAAGAAAUUACCUUCUUCAAGGAAGGAAAAUACAGAUUCCAGUAGAUCUGAUUGUAAAGAGGAAUCAACAAAAACUAUAAGUAUUACCGAUGAUAUAUCUGAGAGUAAAUCCACUACUGAAAUAAGUCAGGAUGACAGAAGCAGUGGUGAAGGUACAGGGGAGAAGGCUACUGGAAACCAAAAGCACUCCGAUGAUUGGAAAGAUGAUGACGAUGAUGAUGAUGAUGAUGAUGAUGAUGGUGAAAAUGAUGAAAAUGAAGAAAACAUAUCAGAUAUUAAAGAAGGAAAAGAUGAAAAAGACAGUCAAAUGCAGGAGCCACUUGAGGAUGCUGACCUUGUUGAUGAGGCCCAUUCUUCUUCAGAUAGCACGCACAAUAAGGCGGAUGAUAGUUUAGGAAGCAUUUCCAAAGAUGUAAAAAAGUACCCUGGGGUUAAAAGCAUGACAUUUAGGAGAAGUGUUAGCCGAGAGUGAGGGAUUCUUAAGGUAAAAUAUUUUUUUUUGGUGUGGAACAUACUUGUUACACAAAUGUGAAACCUUUACUUUGUUUCUUUUUCUGCUGAUAGUUUAUAUUUAGAUUUACAGUGACCUGUCUGCGAUUUCUUCUUAUCUGAAAUGUUUAAUGUAAAUGUUUGAUUACAGAUGAUCUUAAGCAAAUAA